UAAGAUCAGGAGCACAUCUACUGCAAUCAGUCACUUCUAUAUUUACAAUGGAAUUUUUCUGUGGAAAACAGAAAGCUCAUGGUGUCAGGAUUUGGAAUUCCUUGCUCCCCUUGGCCGUUGUUUAUUUCUCUACAUGGACACAUGUGGAUGGUUGGUCAUAUCAUUACUCCGACUCAGAUAUGAAAUGGGAAAAUGCAAGACAAUGGUGCAGGACACACUACACAGACAUGGUAGCCAUUCAGAAUCAAGAAGAAAUUGUGCAUCUCAAUGACUUUUUGCCAAAACAGAAAUCUUACUACUGGAUUGGGAUCCGUAAAAUUGAGAAUGUAUGGACCUGGGUUGGAACCAACAAAACACUGACAAAGGAAGCAGAAAACUGGGCUUCAGGAGAACCUAACAAUGGGAAGAACAAUGAGGACUGUGUAGAAAUUUACAUAAAGAGGCAUAUUGACACUGGAAAGUGGAAUGAUGAAUCUUGUAGAAAAAAGAAAACAGCUUUGUGCUACACAGCAUCCUGUCAAAAAGACUCCUGCAGUGGACAUGGAGAAUGUGUGGAAACCAUCAACAACCACACCUGUGCGUGCUUUGAAGGCUUCUAUGGAGAAAAGUGUGAAAACGUUGUAGCAUGUGAAGUGCUGGACAGCCCACCCCUGGGGUCCGUCACCUGCUCCCACCCCUAUGGGAAUUUCUCGUACGACUCUGUUUGCCACUUCACGUGUGAAAAGGGAUAUCGGCCAAGUGACCCCAGGCCAAUACGGUGCACAGGCGCAGCAAAGUGGACUGCGGAACCACCUAGUUGUGAAGCAAUUCAGUGCAGUGAUCUGGACUCCCCCACAAAUGGCGUUAGGGACUGCUCACAUCCUAUUGGCACCUUCAGCUACAAGUCUUCUUGCACAUUCUCCUGUGAGAGAGGAUUCACUCUAACAACUUCAGACAAACUCACGUGCGGAUCUGAUGGGCAGUGGAAUGACAGUCAACCACGCUGUGAAGCUGUGCGCUGCCAGUCACUGCUGGUCCUUCAGGAUGGCAACAUGACCUGCAGCGCAGACUCCCCUGCGCAGUUCAGCUACGGCUCCACCUGCAGCUUCAGCUGCGCAGACGGCUACCGGUUGCAAGGAGCCCCCAGCGUGACCUGCACAGAGUCUGCUCAGUGGAGCCAGGAGGCGCCGCACUGUGAAGCUAUUAGAUGUCAGAGUCCAGAGAGGGACCCUCACAUGCUCAUGGAGUGCAGUCAGUCCCUGCACAGUCUGUGGCUUAAUUCUGUCUGCAACUUCAGCUGUGAUGAGGGCUUUGUUCUUCAGGGGUCAGGGAGUCUUAAGUGCACUGAGAGUGGAGAAUGGAGCACUGACACACCCACCUGCACAGCCGUGAAAUGCUCUUCAAUAGACAAGCCCAUCAACGGCAGUCUGGUCUGCUCCAAUGAGUUCAGCUACAACUCCAGCUGCAACUUCAGCUGCGAUGAAGGCUUUGUUCUUCAGGGGUCAGGGAGUCUUAAGUGCACUGAGAGUGGAGAAUGGAGCACUGACACACCCACCUGCACAGCCGUGAAAUGCUCUUCAAUAGACAAGCCCAUCAACGGCAGUCUGGUCUGCUCCAAUGAGUUCAGCUACAACUCCAGCUGCAACUUCAGCUGCGAUGAAGGCUUUGUUCUUCAGGGGUCAGGGAGUCUUAAGUGCACUGAGAGUGGAGAAUGGAGCACUGACACACCCACCUGCACAGCCGUGAAAUGCUCUUCAAUAGACAAGCCCAUCAACGGCAGUCUGGUCUGCUCCAAUGAGUUCAGCUACAACUCCAGCUGCAACUUCAGCUGCGAUGAAGGCUUUGUUCUUCAGGGGUCAGGGAGUCUUAAGUGCACUGAGAGUGGAGAAUGGAGCACUGACACACCCACCUGCACAGCUGUGAAAUGCUCCUCAAUAGACAAGCCCAUCAACGGCAGUCUGGUCUGCUCCAAUGAGUUCAGCUACAACUCCAGCUGCAACUUCAGCUGUGAUGAAGGGUUUGACCUCAAGGGAUUUGAGGCCACAAUCUGUACCCACUCUGGCAACUGGACUGCAGAAGUACCCACAUGUCAAGCCAAACCUGAGCCUCUGUUGAACCGCACCGCGACAGCUCUGGCAGGAGGGUGCACUGUGGGGUCUCUUGGACUGUUACUGUUGCUUAUGAAAAAAUUAAGGCAGAAAGCAAAAAAGUUCAGUCUUAACAGCACUACAGAUGAUGAAAUUCCUCCUCCAGUAUACAAGAACAGCAUUGACAGUCUGAUUUAGAGCCACUCACUAAGAAACAGGGAUUUUGACAUCUGCAUCAGUGUGAAUGUCUGCGUGAGCAGACCGCCUCUGUCUCUGACAAUGCACUGAUUCCCCUAAGGAUGUGACUAUCACUCAUUCUGCUCCAAAGACAACUAAGCAGGAGCGAGAACUACAUGCUGGACAAUGAUACUAUAUAUUGUG